AUGAAUGACAGCAAGCCAACCACCACUCCUUUGGUUUUAGGAAUCAAAUUGUCAAUCAACUCUGUUAAUGACAAGGAAGGCAAGUCCGCUUUUCCUUUUCGAGAGCUCAUUGGGGCGUUAAUGUACAUCGCCAUUGGAACACGUCCUGACAUCGCUCACUCGGUUAACAUGUUGAGCCAAUAUAACAAUUCCUACGAACGAAUUCACUGGGUAGCUGCCAAACGUGUUUUAAGGUAUCUUAAAGGUACCAUGGACCUGAAAUUGAUCUACAAGAAGGAUGACAGUCACCUAAAAGGAUAUGUCGACUCUGACUGGGGCAACUGCACCAUCGACAGGAAGUCAUUCACUGGAUCAGUCUUCAUCAUGGGAGGAGCAGCCAUUUCUUGGGAAUCCAAGAAACAGCGAACGGUCGCCUUAUCUUCCACUGAGGCGGAAUAUAUGGCCCUCACCCACGCAUCGAAGGAAGCCAUUCAUUUAAUUGCCUUUUUAAAUCAAUUGAGGCUUCCAAAAUUCGCCAGUGUUGAACUUUUUAACGAUAAUCAAAGUGCCGGUAAAUUAGCCGUCAAUCCAGUUUUCCAUUCUAGGUCAAAACAUAUUGACAUUAAGCAUCACUUUAUUCGUGAAACGUUAAAUAAUCACCCGAUCAAACUAGUGUAUUUGAGCACCGAUCUCAUGAUUGCUGAUGUCUUGACGAAGCCGUUACCAGGACCUAAACAUUAUUUUUGUGUAAAAGGACUCGGUUUAAUGUGA